UGUAAAACCAAGGCAAUUUCUUAGUACAGAUUCUGAGGAUGGAAUAGAGGCUAUUCUCAUAGAAUGUCAGGGCUAUUCAUUACAUAAAUAUAUUAGUAGAGAUGGCCCACUUCGCCCUAUUAUCGAUUUUGAUUUAUCCAGAGAAAAAUUUGAUAAAAUCGAACUCAAGCUUUUAUCCAAAGAAAUACAGGAUUUACUUUGCCAUGCUUUUUCAAGAACCUGUAAAGAAAUAUAUUCAGAAUGGGAUUCCCAUACUUUAACAAUUGCUAGCAGUAGUGAUAAGAAAAAAAUAUCGCUUUAUAUCUCAACUUUUGGUCUUCAUCUCAAAAAUAUUGCCAAAGUUGCAAUAUUUACUGAGCUCAUUCGCAAAAAACUCCCACAUAUGCGAAUAAAAAAAGCAAUAUUUCCAAAAGAUAGUUCUGUCUUUGAUUUUAUGCUCUGCUUACCUAAUGAUGAAUCGCCUGAAGUAGUCAGUCCUCUUUUAGUUAUUUCAGAACCUGCAUCAACAAAAAUUUUUAACACAUGUACUGAAACUACUGAGGAUAUUAAAAUCGAACUCAAUUUGAUUGCAAAAUUAUUAGAAGAAUUUGAAAUCAGAGGAUAUGAACUUUCAAGUCCAUGUGAAAAUUUUCCCAAUAGUUUUCUUCUUAAACAGGUGACUCCAGCAUUUUGCUCAUUAUGUUAUCGAGAAUAUGGUUAUAAAGAUCCACAUACAAGUGAUAAUGCGCAUGUUAUUCAAAACAAGAAAUCGUAUAGUUUCUAUUGUCAUCAUGCGAAUAAUAAUAGGGAAGCUGGAUCUAGAAAACCUUCAAUAAAGUUGACCAUUAAAGAAAAAACUUCAGAACAAGAAGAAAGUCUUGCAGUUCUAGAAAAAUUAAACCAGCCUAGAAUAACGGAUCCAAAUAAUCAUUUUGUAUGGGGUGACUUAAUAGAUAUAUAUUCAUCAGGAGAAAAGUAUACCCAUAGUAAAGUUUAUGAAGCUAUCCAAGCAACAAUUGCUUAUAUCAAUAGAGAAAAAAAGUUUUGGAUAUUUAAAGUUGAAGAUGAAGAUGAGAAUAGCAGACUUACCUUUGAAUUUGUGCCUAAACUAGAACUUGCUAAUUAUGAAGUUAAUAUAGUUGAAUUUGGAGGGGGAAUCGAUAAAGUUAAGGUCAUUAAUAGAUCGAGCACUAAACCAGCACUAAAAAUUAAAAAAGAAAUUAUAGAUCCUAUCCUCUGGCACAUAAAAAAUAAACCUCAUUCAAUAUGUGUAUUAAAGUCUACUCUUCAACAAUGUGGAAAAAAUAUUAUCAUUAAUUUUAUUGGUAAUAAAGUCUUAGGACCAAAGCUCUAUUAUGCAACAUCUGAUCUAGGAAAAAUUCUUGGAAAAUUCAACAGUCUUAUUCAAGGUAAAAAGCUAGUAGUUAUAAAUGAGACCAAUAUGUCUAGUGGAGAAUGGUAUAAAUUUAAUGGUCAUCUCAAAUCCCUUAUAACGGAACCAAAAGUGUCUAUAGAACGUAAAGGUCUUGAACCUAUUCAUUUAAAAGAUUACUUAGCAUUUAUAGUUACAAGCAACCAGGAUGCCUCACUUAAAAUAGAUGCAGGGGAUGCUCAUAUAGUUUGUUUUGAUAUAUCUGCGUGCUAUAGAGGGAAUAUACUAUAUUUCAAACUUUUGGCUAAAAUACUAGAACAUCCUGAUGUACCAGGAAUAGUUAUGUCAUAUCUUCUUAAUCGUGAUCUUUCAAAUUGGGACCCACAAGAUAUUCCUAGUACUAAAAUGAAAACAGAUACAAUACUGGAGCAUCUUUCCAGCUCCACUCGAUUUAUAAUUAAUCCUAAUGGUGAGAAACUAUUUAGUAAUAAUAUAUUAGAUAAAAAAUUUACAUAUAUUAACAUCGAAAAUAAACGUGCUGGUAGUGAAAAGAGAGAGUGGCAAUAUAUCUUUGACCGAUCCAAGAUUGUAGCUAAAUUGUGUAAAUUGAUAGAAGUUAUCAAGGAAUUUUCUAAUGUAUCUCAACCUGAGACACUCGCUAACAAAUUCACAGAUAUACCUAUGUUCUACGUACCAGAAAUAAAACUCUCUGAACUAGAAAAAAAUAUAGCCGAGACAUCAACUACAGAUCAUAUCGAAAAAGGCAAGGAUUCAUCUCCCGCACCUAUUCCAGCAGUUACUAAUAUGAUCCAGGAUCUCUUCAAUUAUAUAACAGGUCAAUCGGAAUAUUCAGUUGCUUCAUCAUUCAAGACUACUGAUAUAUUCAUGACUCCUGAGAUCGAAUACAUAGAACCUGUAGACAAUAAAUCAGAAUCUUCUUCUAAGAUCAUUGAGGAACUAGAGAUUCGAGGCUAUGCCUUAUCAAAGGCAUGUUUAAGAAAAACUGCGAUUAAAUAUGGGGAAGACCCAGAUAAGUUCAUGACUAUAACUGAAGAGAAUAGAGACUUAGAAUAUAUAGAAUUGUCUAGGCAAGAAAAAUUGAUAUGUAUGGAGAUUAAGCUUCGGAUGUAUGAAGAUGAUAGUGAAUCCCGAUCAUAUACAUGUAUUUAUGAUG